UCCGGAAUAAGAAACUACAGGCACUUUACCUUCCUUGUAAAUUAUCCUAUUUAAUAUUCUUAGCCUCAUUCCAUCUCUCAAAAAUCCAUCUUCGUGAAAAAAAAUUAAUUCCAGGCGUCACAUGCUACUUGCAGAGACGGCUUUUAUGGUAAAGAUGGAACAGAUAUGGGUGCUGGUUUGUGGUGUGCUUGCAAACCCGUUAGGAGCCGCUGCUUCAGAUCAAGAUGGAGCUACUAAUCAAAUACAAAGCGCGUGCUAUGUAGAAACAAACUCAGAUCCCAGUGGCAGUGACAGUGAUAAUACAGAAACAAAAACUGAAGCUAAAGUAAUGAUUGGUGAAAACCAAAGUGCCAAAGCUGAUGAAGAGUUGUACAUCCAAUCACAUUUAAAGCAUAUGCCGAGAGAAAUUCCCAUACAAUCACACGGUGCACCAGGUCCCCCAAGCACAGCAACAUUUAAAGAUACAGGCAUGCUUUAUAGUACACCAACACUAGAACAAGACCAACUACUCUCCAAUAUUGAAUAUGAAAAACCUUCGCACUUGCCAAAACAACCAUGGAUGCGUUCCGCAACCCCGAUUGACGACCGAUUGUUGACUGAUUUAAAAACUGAAAUGAAAAUGGAAUACUCGGAUAAAAACCAAAACAAAGAAGAGAUACACAUUGGUUUCAAAGAAGAAACCAAACAAACGCCUGCAUGGCCCAAAGAAGACUUACAAGAUUUCAUCAGACAGGCAGUUAGAGAUGCGUUUGCAUCCGGAAAACCAGACAAUGUUACGUUCUUCGAUGCUGCUAUAGUCUACGACAAAAUAGAUUAUGAUAGAGCAGACGACAUGAGAUUGGAAAUGAAACGAAUAAUACAAGAUGAAUUGCAAGAAGAGCUUCAUAUUGAACUAUUCGACAGCGAAAACUUCAGCCAGUCCAUGGUGUUGGUGGUGGAAGAUGUUGUCAACAGGGCGUUUGUUAUCCUUGUCUACUUAUCCAGAAAUACAGAUUACUCCCCAAAUCUACACCUGUUUGUCGAGGAGGCUGUCGGACUGACACGUCUAGCCAUUGUGCCACCAGGAUCAUUCAGCGACAGGCAAUAUUUGUUAAAACCAGUUCACACCGAACCACCCGAACGGCGAAAUUACAAAACACCCGUUGGUCUGGUCACCAUGAACGGAAUUGACUGGUAUGAUAAAUAUUCAAAAUUUACAAGACACAAAAUAGUGGAAAUGAUGAAAUCUGCCAUAGAGAAACGGAAACGAAGAAGUCGGAAAUAUGGAAGUGCUGGUCAAAUUGCUGCCCAUCCUAAGCAAGCAGCCAUUGACGAUAUACGCACAGGCCAAAGUGCCUUCACACAAAGACUACACCAAACUCAGUCUGCAGACAGCUGUUACCUGCAAGUCACAAACACCAGUAAUUUAGUUAACUGUCAACAUGCACCGUACUCCUCAAAUGCACACGAUUCUACUGACUGGAGUAUAAACCCAGGUCAAGGUUCAGAUUUCCCAUCCUACCGCAGCUCAACACAAAUAACAUAUAAAGGUUCCGAGCAUCAUAACAAUCCAGAUGUUAGAAUAAGCACCACACCAGCUGCAUAUCCAGGUCAACCGCGGUCAUCUACAGACAGUACUUCAACAACUCAACGUGGUUAUGUGCAACAGCCAGGCCCCUUUUAUGCGAAUUCUAUACAACAAGUUCAUGAUCAGCAACAAAUAUACGGUAGACAGGCCAAUGCGAUUCAUAAUCAGCCAGAAAUGCAAGACUAUUUGGUUCCAAUGGAAAACUUACAGUAUAAUGAACCCCAACAGGACCACUACCUUGCUCCAGAUCAGCGUAACCAUGCUCACUCCGACCUACUUACACCACUUCGGAGGGAGGAUUAUGUAGACAUUGUAAAUCCAAAACCUUAUCAAUAUCCUCGAGAAACCUACCCGCCAAUACAACAGUUCAGACCAGACAUUCAACAUACAACAGGUUAUGUUUCAGAUCCAAGGUAUGGUCAACAGAUCCCGCUUCAAGCUAGAAAUACGUUGCAACCCUUAAACCAACCUCCUAUUGCAACGCAGUUUCAAGCUAAGGAAACUUGGCUGCGAACUUCUCAUCAACUGCCAGUGGAAACGCAGUUAAAAGCUAGAAAGACUUCGCAACGCUCAUCUCAUGAACCGCCAGCGGAGGAGCAGUUUCAAGCUGGAGACUCUUGGCAGUCCGCAAAUCGUCUUCCGCCAGCGAACUCCGUACCUUUGUCACACGAUGCUCGGUAUUCAACUGAUCGAAACUUUGAUACCGAACUGUUCUCAGAUUUGUCCACUAACGACGUGGAAAUCGACACGAGGCCAAGCAUUUUACAUAAAACAAAUGUUGAAAGUAGCCGUAAAAGUAAACGUUCAAGAAAAAAGAAAAAUCGUCGAAAAGACGGGUCUGAUAGUCAUGACGACCCUCCGCUUGGGUCGUUUCGAGAUUUGCUAAAGUCAUCAGGCGGUCGGGCUGUAAACAUAAUCGGAGGAAAGAUUACACAGAUAGGCAACAAUAACAAGGUUAAUAUGCACAAGGAAUACGUGAUUGGGAACGAAGGGGAAAGUGAGAAGAACGAAGUAUUUAAGAACGUCCUGGAUGCUGACGAAAAUAAUGAGUGUUUUCAGGAAGAAAAUAGACAAACCACAAACGACUUUGCGAAAGGCAGUAUUGAAACGGUAUCGGAUAUCUUUGAAAACAUGGAUGCCGUCGACCCAGGGAAAUCCUCGACUCGAAACAAAGGAGUCGGCAAUUAUUGUCGUGACAAAAAGAUAUCUUAUCAGAGCAAUAUAAGUGACAGCUUAGCGAUUACAGGACAGAAACAAGAAGAGGUGAACACGUCAAGCGAAUCAAACGGAUUACACAAGGCGUUUUCUUCAUUGCCGCCGACGUCCACAGAAAACGAAGCAGUUUCGUCCGACUCCGAGCUGUUUGGUUCUGGCAGCGAGUACAGCCUGUCUAGCGGUAGUAUUUCUUCAAGGUCAUCAGCUCGCACGUCUUUUGAAACCGUGUCUUCUAGCACUCCAAGCGAUAGUUUCGUUUCAAGCACGUCUAAAAAGAGCGGUCUUUCUAGUAUUGUACAGAGAGCCUAUAAUAUGAAUAUAAAGGGUCACAGUUCUACGGAGGUGACUGUCGAUUCAGAUGUGGACUAAAGUUUAUAACAGGAUAUUAUUAUACUGGUGUUAUUAUCUGAUUUUCUUAUAUUGAUUUUGAUUGAAAAACAUGUUAUGUUUGUAGGUUAAGGUCUAAUGUAGAUUGUCCAGAUGUUUGCGAUAAAAUUUCAAUGCACGACAUUGUAGGAUGUGCGGAAACUAAACUUGAUAAUUAUGAUAGGAUUAAUAUAGAUAAUUAUACAUCUAUUUCCAAAACUCGCAAACAGAAAUCUGUGAAAAAAAUCUGGUAGAAUAGGUGUUUUGCUAUCCGUUUUCCUGACGUCAUUUUUUGUUUGUUAAGAACGAUAUUUUUGAGAAAUUUACAACAUUGAAACUGACUGUGAAUGAUAUAUUCAAUGGUUUAAAUUUAACAGACUCCUAUUCCACAAAAACGAAGAUAUAUAGCAAUAUAUAUUUUACUCAAAAUUACUCAAGGGUAAUAUAUGAAAUGUUUUUCUAGGAAAUUGAAAGUUUUACAACAAAUAAUAAAUAUGUAGUUAUAA